AUGGCCAUGGAGGUCGGCCGCAGGGUUCCACCGCCGCACGGGAGCGCCCCGCGGCGCCAGCCGGCGACCGGGGGCGGCGAGGGGGAGCGGGUGCGUGUGCAGGCGGGGGACGCGCUGCCGCUGCCGAUCCGGCACACGAACCUCAUCUUCUCGGCGCUGUUCGCCGCGUCGCUGGUGUACCUGAUGCGGCGGUGGCGGGAGAAGAUCCGCGCCUCCACGCCGCUCGACGUGGUCUCCCUCGCUGAGAUCUUCGCCAUCUGCGGCCUCGUGGCGUCGCUCAUCUACCUCCUCAGCUUCUUCGGGAUCGCCUUCGUGCACUCCGUCGUCUCCAACAGCGACGACGAGGAGGACUUCAUCAUCGACUCCCGCCACAAGCAGGCGCGGGCGGCGCCGCCGCCGCCCGCGCCGGCCCCGUGCGCUCUGCUGGGGAGCCCCGCCGCCGCGCCCGAGAAAAUGCCGGAGGAGGACGAGGAGAUCGUGGCCGCGGUUGUCGCAGGGAAGAUCCCGUCCUACGUGCUGGAGACUAGGCUGGGAGAUUGCCGCCGGGCCGCCGGGAUCAGGCGGGAGGCGCUGCGCCGGAUCACCGGGAGGGACAUGGACGGGCUCCCGCUCGACGGGUUUGACUACGCGUCCAUCCUCGGCCAGUGCUGCGAGCUGCCGGUGGGGUACGUCCAGCUUCCCGUGGGCGUCGCCGGCCCGCUCCUGCUCGACGGCCGCCGCGUCUACGUACCAAUGGCAACCACCGAGGGCUGCCUCGUCGCCAGCACGAACCGCGGAUGCAAGGCCAUUGCCGAGUCCGGUGGCGCCUCUAGUGUCGUGCUCAAGGACGGGAUGACGCGAGCCCCGGUCGUCCGGUUCCCGUCUGCACGCCGCGCCGCCGAGCUCAAGGCCUUCUUGGAGGACCCUGCCAACUUUGACACCCUGGCUGUGGUGUUUAACAGAUCGAGCAGAUUUGGAAGGCUGCAGGGAGUGAAGUGUGCGAUUGCAGGGAGGAACCUGUACAUGAGGUUCAGCUGCAGCACAGGGGAUGCCAUGGGGAUGAACAUGGUCUCCAAAGGUGUACAGAACGUGCUGGACUACCUCCAGGCUGACUUCCCUGAUAUGGAUGUCAUCAGCAUAUCAGGUAACUUCUGUUCUGACAAGAAGUCAGCUGCUGUGAACUGGAUUGAUGGCCGUGGGAAGUCGGUGGUUUGUGAGGCAGUAAUCAAGGAAGAAGUUGUGAAAAAGGUUCUCAAGACAAACGUUCAGGCUCUCGUAGAAUUGAACGUGAUCAAGAACCUUGCUGGUUCAGCUGUUGCUGGAGCUCUUGGGGGUUUCAAUGCCCAUGCAAGUAACAUUGUGACAGCCAUCUUCAUUGCCACUGGUCAGGACCCUGCACAGAACGUGGAGAGUUCCCAGUGCAUCACGAUGUUAGAAGCUAUAAAUGAUGGCAAAGAUCUCCACAUCUCCGUUACUAUGCCAUCAAUUGAGGUUGGCACAGUUGGUGGAGGCACGCAGCUGGCCUCACAGUCUGCCUGCUUGGACCUGCUUGGCGUCAAAAGUGCUAACAGGGAAUUUCCAGGGUCCAACGCGAGGCUCUUGGCCACGGUGGUUGCCGGUGCGGUCCUAGCUGGGGAGCUGUCCCUCAUCUCUGCGCAGGCUGCUGGCCAUCUGGUUAAUAGCCACAUGAAAUACAACAGAUCAAGCAAAGAUAUGUCCAAGGCCCUUGCAGAGGCAACAGCAGUCAAACCCAAGAAAUGCUGA